UGUCCCGAACACGGCCAACAUGAUUGUCCUCGGGAUUGUGCUUGCUCUUUUCUUCUCAGGUGUGUUGCCAGCCUCAGCACCGGUCUUCCCCUUCCCUUCCUCCCCCACUGAUUGUGUUGAAGCCCAUCGAGUGUGUGCCGUCGACCCCCGCUGUCAGGCAUUGUACCGGGGCCUGGAGCUGUGUGCGGCCGACGCAGAGGUGUCUCCGCUGGGGGAGCAGGUGGCUGCAGAGUGCCUGGAGGGACAGGACGCUCUGCUAAAUAAACACCCCGCUCUCCUGGCCUGCAAGUGCCAGCGUGGCUUCCGCAAGGAGGAGCAGUGCCUGCGCAUCUACUGGAGGGUUCGCCUGCUGCCAGGGGAGGACGAGCUGGAAAUAUCUCCCUAUGACGACACAAUGAUGGACACUCGCAUGGCUUCCUUAGUGGCAGCCUCAUCUUACAUGCAGCUGGAUGGUGAGAACCAGUGUCUGAAGGCGGCACAGGACUGCGGCCUGUACGAGAAGUGUGGCUCUCUGCGAUCAGAGUACGUGCUGGCCUGCACCAAACGGGCUCCCGGGACCAACCGGUGCAACCAGCACAAGUGCCACCGGGCCCUGCGGCGCUUCCUGGAGCGGGUGCCUGAGGAGUACAGCCUGGGAGUCCUGUUCUGCCCCUGCACCAACACCCUGUGUGGGGAGAGGAGGAGGAAAACCAUCGUCCCGUCCUGCUCCUACCAGGAGAUGGAGGGGCUGCAACCCAACUGCCUCCACCAGCAGAGCUUCUGCCGCCGGGACGACCUGUGCAGGUCCAGACUGGCUGAUUUCCUCAAUAACUGCCAGCCGUCUCCUGCGACGACCAGCGGCUGCCUGAAAGACUCAGCAGGCCUGUGCCUCCGAGCCUACGCCGGACUCAUCGGUACCAUCAUGACACCCAACUACAUCAGCAACGGCUCUGCAGACGUGUCGCUGUGGUGUAACUGCGAAGGCAGCGGCAACCAGUGGCAGGACUGUCUGAGACUGCAGCGCAUGUUCACCCACAACAGCUGCCUGCGUAACUCUAUCAGCUGGAUGGGGAGCCCCGGCUCCCUGCCGACAGACAUCACCCCCCCCCCUGCUCCCAGGCCCUCCCCGCUGGUUCAGGAGGAUGAGCUGCUGAGCAACAACCACCUGCCUGAACACAACAACAUCCUGGUGGAGAGUGAGGAAGAGGAGGAACUGACCCAGACAGAGGAGGAGGGGGAUCAGGGGGGCCAGUUUGACGUCAUCCCGCUGUACUCGGAGAGGGCCACCGUCUCCAACCUGGGCUCCCCGGGGACAGCCAGGGCUGCAUCCGUCACCGCCGGUCCUCCUGACGCCGUACUACUGCUCCUGCUUCUGUUGGCCUCGCUCAGCUGGGGCUAGAACCCAGGACGUAAAGAAGACACACACAUACGCACACACACAAACACACACACACACACAUUCACAUUCACAUAUGAUGGACCUGCCAACAAUCCUGGACUGAUUGCUGUAAAAUCAUAGGACACAUAGUGAAGAAAUGGACUUCACAUUUUGUCAGUAGCAUCCUCAUGAUUCCUCACUUCUGUCCUUGCUUCCUUCCUUUCCUCUUUUGAAAAUGGCAUUUUGGACACCAUAGUGUGAUUGCAGCUGCAGCGGUGUAUAAACAAAAAGGCCUAGUCGUGGUAGGUGUCAUAUGCAGCUAUCCACCAAUGAGCAUAACGUAGCAGCUCCCGUCAUAGGCUCAGAACAAUGUUCAUUUGCGUGGCUUGCUCAGUUGUUAGCAGACAGAAAAACAGGCCAAGGUGUGUUAGCAGGAUGAUAUAUUGGCUUGUCAUAUCAUACACAUAUUAACAGCUGCAGCUGAGUAGAAAAAAAAAAACUCAUCACAUCAGCUAUCUCCUAAUCAUCAGAAGUGAAUAUACAUUUCUGACAGCAAUGAUAUCUCCCAAAGACACAAACUGGUGCCAAAAUGGCUGCAAUCGCUGACAGUUCAACACAAUAAAACACAUGAUAUUAAACCCGA